AUGGCGUCCUCGCCGCUCGCGCGCGCGUCGCCGCGAUGGUCGUCCCCCUCGCGCGAUACCUCGAGCUUCUCGUCGAGAACGUCCUCAGGCUCCGCGACCACGGCCGCGUCGCGUCUUCGCGCGUCGCACCUCGCCUGCCGCGCGAAGCGAGGCGGCGCGUCGACGUCCACAUCGAGCGGAUUCGGAUACCCACCCGCGGCGCCGCCCAACUUCCUCGGCGAGCUCGAGCGCCUGCGCGGCGCGGGCGUGGACGUGCACGACUUUGGGGUCGAAUACAUGUGCGAGGGCGAAACCUCGGAGCGAGUCGCGGAGCUGCAGCGGUAUCUCGCCGGGGAGGGGCACUACAAGUACCGAGACGGCGCGACGGGAUACUUUGGUCCGAUCACGGUCAACGCGGUGAAGAACUGGCAACGGUUCUACGGCGUGAAGCCGUCCGGGGGAUGGGGGGUCGAGUCGCGCGAGGCGUACCUGAGAGAGCGCAGGAUCCUGGAGCUCGGCGCGAGGGAAGGCAAGGCGGCGCGCGGCCGAAUCGGUGGGCCCGGAGGAAGAGAGGACGUCAUCGCGGAGCCAGAUUUUGGAUUCGCGCCGGGCACCACAGGCUUGCUUCCGCCGACGCCGCGCUCCGCGAAACCCCCGACGGUGACGCGCGAGCACCGCGUCGCGCACCCGCCGUCGCUCCCACAAGUCGUGCCGCACGUGGACCUCGGCGGCGUCACGACGAUCGGCGGCGUCACCGCGAGCACGGCGCUGUGGGUCGGCGGCGGCGCCGUCGCCGCGGGCGCGUCGGCGUGGGUCGUCGCCGUCGUCGCGGCGAACAGACUCAAGAAGUACAAGGCGCGGAUCGCCGCGGCGGAGGGAGACGACGACGACGACGAGGCCGUCGCGAGGGAGAAGCUCAGGGAGAGGAUCGGCGAGAAGUGGGACGCGAACGAGGUCAAGGCUCGCCUGAGGGCGGCGGCGGCGGGCGGCGGCGGCGGCGGCGGCGUGAAGGACGGCUUGUUUCUCGACGUCACCGGAACGGUGAUUGAAAAGCGGCCGACGCGCGACGGGCCGCCGUCGAUCGAGCCCGUGAUCGACGUGAAAUCGGACCCGUACCCGGGCGAGGAUAAAUGA